AUGGGAAGGUGCCCGAGUUCGGUGGUGGUUGCAUGUAAGACCCCCUGGCUGCACUCCGACGCCUCCGAGCAGAUGGGCCUGGCCGGCGCAGCUCCCGCUCCACGGAGCUUCCCUAGAGUCCUGCUCCUGGGACUGCUGGCCCUGCUGCUGGCGGGCGGCGGGCUCCUCCUCUGGCUCCGCUCCCCACCUGCGCCGCGCUACGUGCUGGUGAUCGACGCCGGGUCCUCCGGCACCCGCCUGCACGCGUACGAGUGGCGCGCCUCGCCCGGCGCCGCCUCGGCGCCGCGCGUGCGCGCCAUCCCGCCCUCCGCGGCGGCCGCGCUGGUGCCGCGCCGGGCCAAGGCCGCGCGCCGCGCCUACCAGCGCGUCGAGACGGAGCCGGCGCUGGACGCGUGGCUGGGGGACCCGGCGGGGCUGGCCGCCGCCGCGCUGGGCCCGCUGCUGGCCUGGGCGGAGGCGGUGGUCCCCGCCCGCGCGCGCGGCGCCACGCCGCUCUUCCUCGCAGGCACCGCCGGCGUGCGGCGGCUGGCGGAGGCCGACCAGGCCGCGCUGCUGGGCGAUGCGCGGCGCGUGCUGGCCGUGUCGGGCUUCCUCUUCCAGCCCGGCUGGGCCUCCACCAUCUCCGGGCAGGAGGAGGGCGUGUACGGCUGGGUGGCGCUCAACUAUGAGGAGCAGCGCCUGGCGCACAGCGCCACGCUGCCCACGCUGGGCUCCCUGGACCUGGGCGGCUCCUCCCUGGAGGUCUGCUUCGAGGCUGAGCCGGAGGCCAUGCCCCCACCCAGCCGCGUGGCGAUCCAGGUGCUGGGCCGGUCCUACUCCCUCUUCUGCCACGUGCACCACGGCUUUGGCCUGAACGACGCCUUCUCACGCUCGGCCGCGUCGGCCGUGGAGGUCCUCCACCCCUGCCUGCCGGCCGGGUACGCGUCGCCGCGGCCAGUGGCCCACCGCGAGCCGGGCGUGCCGACGCGCGCGCUGCGACUGCUGGGCGCCCCCGACUGGCCGGCCUGCGUGCGGCUGGCGGCGGGGGUCGCGACGCGCGGCAACGCGUCCUCCUGCGCCGCGCCGCCAUGCGCGCUGGGCUCGCCCCAGCCCCGCCCGCGCGCCGGCCAGGAGUUUGUCGCGCUGUCCGGCUUCUACGUCGUUCACCAUUUCUUCGGUCUGGGCGUGGAGGAAGGCCCGGCCGCGCUGGAGGGCGCAGGGCGCGCCUUCUGUGCCACGCCGUGGCGCGCCUCCGCGGCGCGCCACGCCGACGAGCUGCUGGUGGAGCACUACUGCUUCCGCGCGCCCUACGUCCGCGCCCUCCUGCGCCGCGGCCUGGGCCUGGAGGACCGCGCCGUGCACGGCCUGCGCGGGCGCUGGCUCUGGGCGCGUGCCGCGCUGCGCGUGGACGGCAAGGGUGUUGUUCGCGUGGACGGCAAGGGCGGCCACGCUUCGACGGGGGGUGGGCCCCCACCAGACCCCGCCGCCUGGGAGAUGAGGAAGCACCGCGCGCUGUCCAUGCCCUGCAUGCUGCUGCGGGAAGAUUUGGGGCCGCCGGGGACGGAUCCCACGGGCCCCCGCCCCAGCGCAUCCCGGGAGGCCGAGCUGGGCCUGGAGCUGGACGUGGGCCAGCCCUCGCCCUCCACUGAGUACGAGACCAACCACUGCCUGCCGGGCAGGGGCCAGUCGCUCAUCGCACGGCGCGGCGCCUGA